CCUACCAAAGCAACACAUGAUUACAUCUGAAUUGUCUACUUCUUGAAACAACAACUGAGCCCUCAAUAAAAAUAAAAUGUCUUCGCAUUUUAACUCGAACCUUACAAAAUCAAGAUCAGCAGAUACUUUAAACACACCAAAUGAUCGUUACGUGAAAAGAGAAAAAUCAUAUGAUCGUUUUUGUGACUAUUUUAAUCGCGAUAAUCAUUUACAAAGCGAUUCAUCCCAGGAUAUUUGCGUUAUAAUUGAUGACCGUUCAGAUGUAUCUUCAAUUGAUAAAGAACAAUUAGACAGUGGAGUUACGUACACAUCCCAAUUAGAUGAUGAAAAUCUGUCAGCUUUGGAUGAGAAAAUAUGUAAGCUAAAUAAUUUGCUGCUGGAACAGCAUCUUUUAUUAAAAGCACUGAAGGAAGACCUGCUCAGUUCUAAUUUAGUCUUGAGCAAAUUAACAUCGGCUCAACGACCGGACUCACCAAAGGAUUCUACAAAUACAUCAGAUGAUGCAACGAAAGUCUUAGCAGAUGCUACACAGUUUGACGGCAAAAGAAUACGCUCCAGAGAUCUGAUAGACGCAAAAACGACACAAACGCAAAAUGUCGAUAUACAAAUUCGACAGGUUCUCAAUGACUUCCUACAAAGCGAUGAUCUAAAGGACCGAAUAGCAUCAGCAACAGCAGAGAGUGUGAAAGAGGUUAUCAGUAAUUGUUUCUCUGCCACUUUCCCCAGUGCUUACAUACCCAUCAUGCAACAAUCACAUCGCCGACUGCUCAGACACGUUACAAGAACAUUAGAGAAUGCAUUCAAUGAACUAGAAGCAGGAUCUUCGUUUUUCAAAUCAGUGAAUAAAACUUCACGGUCGCUUCGAGUAGCAUUAGAGAAACACCAAGUUCUUUUGGAGAAUAACAAGUCAGGAAUCUUUGAUAAUUUGCAAAGCACGUUACAAAUAAUUUUAAAAAAUGAACUCAAAGAAUGGCGGGAGCAAUUAUUAGGCAUACUAAUGCCACAGUUGCAAACAGACGUUUGGGAUGAAAAUUCUGCCCUACACGAGAUAGAAAUAUUCUCUCAUAUCAGCCCACCGCAACCGGCCGAUCCCGAAAGAUCGAUAAUUGAUCAAUUAAUGAAAUCAGCGGAGAUUAACAAACAGAUAAAAGAAGGCGACAUUAAUAAAUCCUUCGAGGAAGCUCUAUCGUCCUCGGAUUUGUCCCUUGUGAUGGCAGCUUGCAAGGCUGCCGACUUGGAUAAGGUGUUCUCUACGCCAUGCAGUCUAAAACAGUCAGUGUUGUUGUCUCUAGUUCAACAACUCGCUACUGAUAUGGUCCACGAUACUCAACUUAAAUGCAGAUAUUUGGAAGAAGCGUUAAUAAAUCUAAACCCAUCAGAUCAAACUACACGCAUGCAUUUACCUUUGGUUGUUGGAGAAGUUCACAAACACCUAUCGAAAUUCCUUCGAUCUUUUCCAAGUCAUGUAGCGAGUCGUCGUAUAAGCUUAAUCAUCAUGGCUGCUAAUAAUUUAUUAAAAUAAGUCAUAUGCAAUUAUUAUUAUUAUUGUAUUAUUCUGAGUUGAUUUUGAAUAAAGUUUCUGAAA